CGCCCGGCUAAAGAUGGAAGCCAAGGGAGAGAAAGUUGUCGUUGUGGCGAACAUCGUCGACGAAGCGCCCUCGAAGCUCGCGGUUGCGGGCAGCCCCGAGCUUGCCGCGCUCAACAACGGUCUCACAAACGAGGCGAACGCGCUCAAGGGAGCGGCGACGCUUCUCUUUUGCCUUUCGCUCUUCCAGGUCUUCACCCUGCACGGCUUCCUCGGCCUGGUCGCGUCUGCGCUCGUGCUGCUCUACUCCGAGCGCUCCCCCCUCGGCACCGCCCACGCCGCCCGCUUCACCCACUCCCUCUCCGUCGCGACGGCGAUCUUCUCGGCGGGCGCGCUGGCGGCGGCGAUGAUCGUGUCGGUGGCGGUCGUGCCUGACGCGCUGCCCGAGAUGGUUGCCGCCUGCGAGGAGGCGCAGGCCGAGAAGGCCGCCUGGGCGGCGGCGCAGGAGGCGGAGCCCGACGCUCGCUUCCACGCCAUCUACGUCAUGCCUGCCGCCCGGCGGCUGCACCAGGUCGCCGUCGAGAACUGCGACGCCGUGCUCGAGUACGCGUCGUCGGCCCUGCCGCUGGUCCUCUUCUUCAACAUCCUGAUGCAGGGAAGCCUGAUGCUCGCCGCGACUUCGUGCGCCAAGCACGCCGCCCUCCUCAUGAUGAAGGCCCAGUCCCUCGGCGCGCCCGCCAUCUGAGAGACCGUCUGAGAGCGACGCGCCGCCUCGCCCCGCGAUUGGAAGAGGUCGUCAGGCAUCUGCUUCACACCUGACCUCGCCGAGGCGCACGCGGCGCGUCGUGCACGGGGAUAGGGAGGGGGGGGGGGGGGCGACCCUCGGCCGGACGAGGAGAUCCGGGACGGUCCGACGCUUCGCGGCUUCGACCAGUGCGGUUUGUCACGGCUGCAAGCGAGUUUGUAGUGAUCUCGUGUCGCUCGUGUGUGAGGACACCGUAUAUGUGGAGUCUUGUUGUUACACUUACAGUGGUAGGAGGAUGG